AUGAUGGAGAAGCAGAAGCAGAAGCAGAAACAGACGCUCAAAACCAAGCUUGAUCAGAUACCCCGACGUGACGUGGCUUCGUCGUCUUCUGCCGAACCAGCAAGAGCUGUACCAGAUUCAGAGAUGCAGCAACGUCCUCGGGACCGAACUCUAAGUUUCAGAUACAGUGCACUCGCCGCUGCGACAAACAACUUCAGCGACUCUAAUAAGAUCGGAUCUGGUGGAUUCGGUAAUGUAUUUAAAGGAACGCUACAACAAACUGGACAGGAAGUGGCUGUUAAAAAGCUUAAUCCGAAUGGUGGUCAAGGAGAGAGAGAGUUUCUUGUUGAAUUCCUAAUGCUCUCGUGCAUGCGCCAUGAAAACCUCGUCAACCUUAUUGGUUAUUGUGCUGAAGGCGAUCAAAGACUCGUCGUCUAUGAAUAUAUGCCUCUUCGUUCUGUAGAAAAUCGUCUUCACGCUCGCCGAGCUGAUCAAAAACCUUUAGAUUGGAUCACAAGGAUGGAGAUAGCUCUAGGAGCAGCUAAAGGGUUAGAGUAUCUGCACAAUGUAGCAAACCCUCCUGUGAUAUACAGAGAUUUGAAAACUGCAAACAUAUUGCUUGAUCGUAGCUAUAAACCAAAGCUCUCUGACUUUGGACUUGCUAAGUUCGGUCCGAAUGGUGAUCAGUCUUAUUUGACUGCUAGAGUUAUGGGAACUCUCGGGUAUUGUGCACCUGAGUAUGCCAAGCACAAAAGAUUGACGCUAAAAGCUGAUAUUUAUAGCUUUGGAGUUGUGCUUUUGGAGCUUAUUAGUGGAUACAAAGCUAUGGGAAUCCCAUGGAGGGGUAAACGAGUUGCUCUUGCGAGUUGGGUAGUGCUCUUGUCGAAUCUUGUUUUGUUGUACAAGGAUAACGACAUAGAAAUGAUUGUAGAUUCAGAUUUACUAACAGAAGGUCGUCGCAUGGAAUCAACUCUGAUAGAUGCUCUUGAACUGGCGAUUACAUGUGUGGACAUAGACGAUAGCGCUAGGCCAACGAUCAGCGAAGUAGUGAACGCUCUAGAUUACAUACUGGAGAAAAUAAAGCGCAAGCAGAAGAAAGGAAUUAGCAUUGGACGUGGACGAGGACGAGGUUCAGAGAAGACAGCAUCGACAUCGAGGAUGGUGAAUGACAAAGGAAAAGCAAAAGCAAAAGCAAAAGAAUAUGACAGUGAUAGAGAGGCAAUUGUCGCUGAUUCUAAGGCUUUGUUUGCGGAGAAGACAGAAGAGGGAAAAAAGCUAGCAAGUCAAAGAAAUGAGCCACCACCAUCGUCGAGUACUUCAAAGCCUUGA